AUGCAGCGAACAAGUUUACCAAUUGUACCAAUGCAACUGGAUUCCUCCAUUGCAAUAAAAAUAAGCAUGGGUGGUUCAAUGUUCCAAGAAAGAACAUUAAUGGGUCGUUCAGAUGUAUGGCAUAAAAUUAAAAUUGUGAAAGGAACUCAAUAUGAUAAAGAAACUGUAUUGAAAGCAAUAUUAAAUGCUAUUGAACCAGCAGAAUUAAUUCCUGUUAAGUAUCAAACUAACGGAGAAGAUACUUUUUUCCUAGCACGUAAUUGUGCUCAUGCUCUUGACAAACUAUGUAAGACUAAUUUAAUAAUCAAGAAUCCAGACGGAGGACCACUAAUCCUGAUUAUAACAUUAGGAUUUACAUCCAUUCAUGAUUUGAAAAUUAAUCUUCAGCCAUUACUUUUAACUGCUUUAACCAAGAAAUAUGAUCCUAAUAACAGAACCUUAGACUUGGAACAGUUUCAUAAAGAUCCUGAUAUGUCUAAAACUGUUUAUUGCCCAUUAUCCCAGCAAAGGACUUUCAAUCAUGUUUUAAAAUUAACAAAGACCGCAAUUGCCACAGUGGAACACUUGAAUCUUCAGAAAAAUGAACUUUUCAACCUAACUCCUAUAGAAACUUCUAGCCUAACUUCCAUAAAAUAUCUGGACUUAAGACAUAAUAAUUUAAUUGCUAUGGAGACACUUACUCCGCUAAAAAAUUUGUGUAUACUAAAAUUAUGGCUAGAUGGAAAUCCCCUCUGUGAAAACUAUUCUAGUUCAAAACAGUAUAUAGACUCUGCAAUGAAAUAUUGUCCGAAUUUGAUUCAACUGGAUGGAGUUUAUAUUAGAACAUUUGGUCUACCAUUGAUAUACACCAAUUACUUCAAGAAUGAAUCUAGAGAAGAACUAGUUAUCAAAUUUAUUAAUCACUUUUUCACUCUGUAUGAUCAGAGUGAUAGAAUGGUUUUAAAAGGAUUAUAUUAUAAAAAUGCUUUUUAUUCCUUGAGCUUUGGAAUUCCAACAUCUGUAGCACAUAAAAGAAAUCUUACUCAGUUUACAGCAAGUAGGAAUUUAUUAAAAAAUGUAGAUUUAAAUAAAAAACGACAGCAUCUUUAUUAUGGACAAGAUAAUAUUUUAAAUAGUUUAAAAAGAUUACCACGGUCUUAUCAUGAUAAAAGUUCUUUUAUAUGUGAUCUAAUGUUUGACGAUGGUAAAUGUUUAGUAAUAUCAGUUAGUGGACUGUUUAAAACAAUGAAUAACUCGUCGCAAGUUCUCGUAUUUAAUAGAACGUUUAUUAUCCAAGCUGGUCUAGACAAUGAAUACAAUAUCAUAAACGACCAAUACCAUGUAGAUUCUACUUUAGAAGAAAUUUCACCAAAUAGAUUAGAAACAAAGAUUUCUUAUGAGGAAAUUUUUCCAUCGUGUUUUAGCGUCAACGAGAAGAAGGAAUUAUUAAACAAAUUUACAGAAAUAACAACAUUGAACAACGAUUGGUGCCAGACAUAUUUAGAAGAAGCUAAAUGGAACAUAAGGAAGGCAGUUUCGAAUUUUAUGAAGGACUAUAAAUCUUCAAGCGUACCUACUGACGCAUUCUUAAGAUAG